GUGAUGAAGUCAAGUACAGAAUAGUUAACAUCUUUACCAAGAAACAGUGCAGUCCAAAGUAUUAUAUUAGUUGAUUUGAGCCACCAGUUGCAGGGAAGCUAUUGAUGGGUACAGAUUUCUACUGAAUAUUUACACUAGAGUGAUCAAGAUGGCUACAUUUUCUCAAUCACCUGUGGAUAAAGGUGAAGGGACGUAUCUCAAUACUUCAAUCAAAAAAGAUGAAGGGGUGUGGGGCAGAGUUGCUCAGGCACAGCCGUUUUCGGUGAAUGUGGAGCCCUGCCAACUUGCUAAACUUUGUGAUAUUGAAGGUGCGAUGACGAUGUUUGUGACCAAUCAGUGCAUUUCAUUCGAGGAUCCUAAAACUCGACAGAACAAGUACCUUUUCCAGCUUUCAUGGAUAAGACGGUUUGGACAGAGGAACAAAGAUCAGUUCUAUUUCGAGUGUGGAAGGAAAUGCCCAAAUGGGGAGGGGACUGUAACAUGUAUUUCUCAGAGUGCUGCCGAAAUUUAUAAGGUGAUCACUACUAAAUCAUCGAGUAAUGUCUCUACAGUUAUUCCAGGCAAACAGAAAGUCAAAGGCCUUGAUGAGAAGAAGGCCCUAGAUUUGAAACCCAGUGAGAAGUUACUAGAUGUGAAACCCAAAGUUAGCUCACCCGCACCAAAGCAGAUAAUAAAAUAUAAUAAAAAUUAGUCCAAUUACCUUUUUAAAUGUCUGUUAAUAGCCUGUGUAGUAGAAACUAAAUUGUUUGGGUUAAAUAUCCGAAUAAGAAAGUUCACAUACUAAGUACUUAUUUUUUUUAUGUUGAGGAAAUGAAAUUGAUACAUAAUAUUUUUUACACUUUCAAUAUUUUUAAGUGGUGAACCACAGCCAGAUUCAUGUAUAAGUUGUACUUGUCCUUUUUAUAGCUGUUCUACUGAUUCAUAUAUUUCAUAAGCAGACAGAUUGCAACAAUAAGACCAUUAACAUUAUGUGAAUUAUAAAAAAUAAUUCAGUACAAUCUUCCUAUUAAACACUAUAUCCCUGUCCUUUAACUUCAGUUAUUUCCUACAGUGUCCUUUUUUAAACAAAUGAUUAAAAAAAUACACACUAUUAGUGAUGCACUUAUUUUUACGAAGAUGCACAUAACAAUACACAUGUACAGGUGGAUUGUUUUUGCAAAUAAGAAGAUAUACUUAUAUGCACAAAAAAUGCACUUCAUUAAAAAAAAACACGCUUCUUGCAUAAAAAGAUACACUUUGUCUACAGGAAAUACAAUAGAAAAAAACUUUGUUUGAAAAAAAUGCACUUGUACAGAAAGUGUAUUUUUGGGGCAAAUAAGAAGAUACACUUAAAUGCACAAAAAUGCACUUCUUGCAUAAAAAGAUACUCUUUGUCUACAAAAGAUACACUUGUUUUGAAAAAAAAUGCACUUCUUAAAUGAAAAAGUACAGAAAAAAAUGCUUAAAGAAAAUAGAAAUACAGAAAAAACGCACUUUAGCGCACUUACUCAUGAAAAAAAUGCAGAAUAAAUACGCUUUUAGUUAAAAAUGCAGAAAAAUACACUUUUUUAAGCGUAUUUUGGUAAAAAGUGUAUUUUAUUUUGGGAAGGGUAAUGUCAUAUCUGUAAAUAUGUUUAAAAAAAGGUAUGUUCAUAUUGAAGUUCUUGGCAGCAUAGAUCUAUUAUUUAGUGUUAUGUUGCAUGGAAUCAACUGUAUUUCUCUGAUGAUAAUUGUUGUAUUUUUCUGAUGAUAAUUGUUCAUAUAAAUUAUAUAUAAUCAGUGUAUUGUUGUAAUCUUGAUCUACAUCUCCAAAAAGACUAGCAUAAAUGAUUUACUUGUGGAUAUUAAUUAUAAUCUAAAAUAUUGUGAUGUUAUCAUUAUGCAAAGUAAAAAAAACAACUGCAGA